ACCACCGUGAGCGAACUCUCUACCAUCCUUCAACAUGCCUAAAAAAGCGCUUGAUUUGCGUAUUCCGGCGCUCAUUAAGAAUGGUGUGCAAGUGAAACAACGGAGUUUUUUCGUGGUCGUCGGCGACAAGGCCAGAGAUCAGGUUGUAAACUUGCAUUGGCUUCUUUCUCAGUCAAAAGUAGCAUCUAGACCAAGUGUCCUCUGGAUGUACAAGAAGGACUUGUUGGGAUUCACCAGUCAUCGCAAGAAGCGUGAAAAUAAAAUUAAAAAGGAAAUCAAAAGAGGAAUCCGUGAUCCCAACACUGAAGACCCAUUUGAAUUGUUCUGUAGCAUUACAAACAUUCGUUACUGUUACUACAAAGAAUCUGAGAAGAUUCUCGGUACUACUUAUGGAAUGCUUGUUCUUCAGGAUUUCGAAGCAUUGACUCCCAACUUGCUUGCAAGAACAAUUGAAACUGUUGAGGGAGGUGGUAUUGUCGUGUUGCUGUUGAACAAAAUGAAUUCUUUGAAGCAACUGUAUACCAUGAGCAUGGACAUUCAUUCUCGUUACAGAACAGAAGCACAUAAUGAUGUUACUGCUCGUUUCAAUGAGCGCUUCAUUCUCUCUCUUGGCAAAAACCCUAAUUGUCUUGUCGUAGACGACGAAUUGAAUGUUUUGCCCAUUUCCGGAGGCAAAAAUGUAAAAGCUUUACCUCCUGCACUUGAGGAAGAGGAUCCGUCGAAGCAAAAAAUAUUAGAGCUGAAGGAGUCGUUAGAGGGUAACGAGUUGGCCAGCUCAUUGGUUGGUAUCACUAAGACGGUCGAUCAAGCCAGAGCAAUUCUCACUUUUAUCGAGUCAAUUGCUGAAAAGAGCCUGCGUGGUACAGUGUCUCUAACCGCUGGACGUGGUCGUGGUAAAUCUGCCGCUUUGGGUUUGGCUAUAGCCGCUGCUGUUGGUCAUGGUUAUUCCAACAUCUUCAUUACUUCUCCUUCGCCAGAAAACUUGAAGACUCUGUUUGAAUUUGUCUUCAAGGGUUUCGAUGCUUUAAAGUAUGAAGAGCACAUUGAUUAUGACAUUAUUCAAUCCACGAAUCCCGCCUUCAACAAUGCCAUUGUUCGCGUUAAUAUUUUCCGUGAUCACCGCCAAACCAUUCAGUACAUUCGUCCUGAAGAUGCUCAUGUGUUAGGUCAGGCUGAACUUGUCAUCAUUGAUGAGGCUGCUGCCAUUCCCCUUCCUUUGGUUAAGAAGCUUAUCGGUCCUUACCUUGUUUUCAUGGCAUCUACCAUCAAUGGUUAUGAGGGUACCGGUCGUUCUUUGUCUUUGAAGCUCUUACAACAGCUUCGUGAGCAAUCUCGGGCGUUUGUUGAAAAGUCCGGCAGUGAAGGCGCACCAGCUGGACUUGGCGGACGCAAAUUGCGUGAAAUUACCCUUGAAGAGCCCAUUCGUUACGCUACAGGUGAUCCAGUCGAGUCAUGGCUUAACAAGCUUCUGUGUUUGGAUGCCACGAGCGCUCCCAGCCGUUUGGCAAACCAAGGAUUCCCUCACCCUUCUGAGUGUUCUCUUUACCGCGUUAGUCGGGACACUCUCUUUUCCUAUCACCCUGUUUCGGAAGCAUUCCUGCAACGUAUGAUGGCACUUUACGUCGCUAGUCACUAUAAAAAUUCGCCCAAUGACCUGCAGUUGAUGUCUGAUGCUCCUGCCCAUCAAUUAUAUGUUUUACUCCCUCCUGUCAAUCCUAAGAAUCCUCAGCUCCCGGAUCCUAUUUGCGUUAUUCAAAUUGCGCUCGAAGGUGAGAUCUCCCGCGAGUCCGUGUUGAACAGUUUAAGUCGUGGUCAAAGGGCCGGGGGUGAUUUGAUUCCUUGGCUUAUUUCUCAGCAAUUUCAAGACGAGAACUUUGCUUCUCUUGCGGGUGCACGAGUUGUCCGCAUUGCGGUGGCCCCUGAGUACACUAAAAUGGGUUAUGGUACGCGAGCAAUGGAGCUUCUUCACGACCAUUUUGAGGGCAAGUUUAUCAGCAUGUCUGAAGACAAUAAAAGAAUUAAACUCCACGCCGACCGCGUGGACGAUCACGAUUUGGAGAGUAAGAUUUUGCAAACAGAGAAUCUUCAAGUUCGUGAUCAUCGCACUAUGCCCCCUCUUCUUUUGAAGCUUUCUGAAUUGCAGCCCGAGCCUCUCCAUUACAUGGGUGUUUCUUUCGGUAUGACUUCUUCUCUUCUCAAAUUCUGGAAGCGCGGCGGUUACUGUCCCCUCUACUUGCGUCAAACUGCCAAUGAUUUAACGGGAGAACACACUUGUGUUAUGAUACGUCCUUUGGAGGGACGGGAAUCUGAAUGGCUUGGCUAUUUCUCACGUAACUUCUAUCGUCGUUUCCUCAGCUUGUUGAGCUAUCAAUUCCGCGAUUUUACUGCUAUUACAGCAUUGAGCAUCUUGGAUGCUUGCAACAACGGCACCAAGUUUGUUAAAAAGGAACCAGCAAAGUUAACUGAGUCUGAAGUUUCCACACUCUUUGAAACGUAUGACAUGAAGCGUUUGGAGGCCUAUGCCAGUAAUCUUUUGGAUUACCACGUAAUUGUUGACUUGUUGCCAUGUGUUGCAGAGUUAUACUUUAAAGAUCGGUUUGCCGAUACUGUGAAACUUUCUCCAGUGCAACAGUCUGUCUUGCUUGCUCUUGGUCUGCAGAGGAAGAACGUAGAUGAUUUGGAGAAGGAAUUUAAAUUGCCCUCCAAUCAAGUUCUUGCUCUUCUCAUUAAGUUGUUGCGCAAGGUGGUCAACCAUCUUGAUUCUGUCGAGGAGCAGGCCAUUGAAGCAGAGAUGAACGACUCAUCUGCUCAACAAAAGCCAGAAAGCAAGGUGCCUGAAUUCAAGCCUUUGCAACAAAAUCUUGAUGAGGAGCUCGAAGAAGGUGCAGAUGAAGCUCUUUUGCAGCUUAGAGAAAAGCAGCGUGAACUGAUUAAUGCUGUCGACCUCGAAAAGUACUCCAUUCGUGGAGAUGAGAAACAGUGGUCUGCUGCUGAGAAGCAAAUCAACAAAACCAGCGGCAAAGGUGCAACUGUCGUGAGCGUAAAGGGAGAAAAGCGCACAAAAGAUCGUUCUGAAGGAACUAAGGAUCGUGAUUCAAAGCGCAGCUCUCAUAAAAAGUUAAAGAAGUCUAGAAAGUAGGAUGGUAGUUGUGGGUUAUUGAUUAUUGCAUUUCGUUUUUUUGGACUUUUGGAUAGAAAUAUUUACAGUAUUUCCACUGUGCUAAUAGCCAUUCCUUUAGUGGUUCUUGUUUUUCUGUAAUUGACUUUGUUUAAAUUUAAAUUGUAAUUGUGUCCUAUAGAGUUAUGGUUCAAUGAAUAUGAAAACACAUC